AUGUCCCAACAGACAUAAUAGUGUUCAAACUGUAGAGCUCAAAUUGCAGAAUCAGUAUUUGCAUUGCAUGAAAUCUAUUGCAUUCGUAAUAAUAUCGAAUGUAAGAGAUGCAGAUAAUUUUAUGAUAAAAAUGAUCCUUAAUCUCAUGAAGAAGAAUUUCAUAAAGGUACAGCUUGUGAGUUUUGUAAAGAAAUAUUCUAAGGUACUGUAUACAAUUUAUUUAGAUAUUUCGAAACAUACAAAAUGCCUUAAAUAGCCAGUCUAAUGUAUUCAUUGUGGAUUAGAUUAAACAAAAGAUUAAAUAUUUUAGCAUGAAAAUAUUUGUGGUAGUAGAACAGAAAAAUGUGAUAUUUGCAAAUAAUAUAUUAUGAUUAGAGAAUUAAAUAAACAUACAUCUACAUGUGUUCCUCCUAAACCAAAAGAAAUAAUUUAAGAAAAAUUACCAACUUAAAAACCAAUUGAAAAUAGAUAAAUUUAAUAAUAACCUUAAUAAAAUGUUCAUCUACCUAAACCUGAUUAUAAGUAUUAGGAUUAGAAAUAUAAAUAUCAACCUGAAGUAGAAGUUAGCAGACCUUAAUAAAAAUAUUAAGCAAAGCAUGAGAUUUUUGGUUUUGAAAAACCAUCAUUACCAUUUAGUUAAUAAUAAUAAUUAUAAUAACCAUCCUAAGCUUAAUAUUAAUAGUAAGCUUAAUAGAUAAGAUAACCUAUUAUUAAGUAUGAUAAACCAGCUGAAACUAGAACAGAUCAUCAUUCUUAAAAUAAAAAAAUUCCAUAAUAAUAUUAUAAUUUUAGUUAAUAGUAAUAAAUUGUGGCAGAGCAAAAAAGUAAACCUAAAGAGUAUCCUCUUUAGCCAACAACAAAUAAUAUUAAAAGAUAAGCUUCUGGUAAUGAAGAAAUUAGGAAUGCAUAUCCUUAAUAAGAAAAACUUACUGAUAAAUAUGCUAAUUAAUUUUCUAAUUAAUAAAAAUAUCCAGAUAGAAAGGUGGACGAGCAUCGAUAAUAUGAUCCGAAUACCUAUAUGAAUAGAUAAUAAGAAAAUAAAUACUAUGAAAAUAAAUAAUUAGACAAUAGGGGUUUUGACAAAAAGCAGUCAGAUUAAUAUUUACAUAGACAAUAUAGUUAAUAAUAACAAUAAAAAUAAUAGUAUAGUUAGUUUUAAAUAAUUAUAGACAAAUAUCAAAAGCUGUUGAUGAUGAAAUAGAUUAUUUAGCUUUGGGUUUAACAAGAGAAGAGAUUGAAUAAUAGAAGGUUUAUUUAGAGAGUUUGUAGUAGUAAAGAAAGCCUUAAGAGUCUUAACCUAAACCAUAAGAAUAUAAGGCAAGAUCAGAAUAUUCAUAGGCAACAAAAGUAUAUAAAUGA